AUGAUUUCAUCUUAUGAGACGACCGGUACUUGCAAACUUCUAUUGAAUAAACCACUUGUUUGGAAAAUCGAUUAUAUUUUGGAACAAAUUUCUUUGAAAUUGAACAAACAAAAGAGCGUUCCACCUUUAUCUGCAACAUUCACCACUUUCGAUCGCUGUAAGACGAAAAUUGAUCACAACGUGUGUAGACCAUUGCUUUCAUCAACUAUUCCACGGGUAGAAAAGAAACAAGAGAAAGAGCCAGAAACGGUCGAAGACUUAAUUAUAAUUUGGUUAGACGAAAAUAUCAACCAAAACAAAGACGAUUUGGGCGAACGAAAAAGUCAUUUACGUGAAAUAGUUAAUUGUUUGAAAACUUUCGAUAAGGAAACUGAAUGUUUCGAUUUCAUAGGAAGCAUAAAAAACGAAAAGAUUUUAUUGAUAAUCUCUGGAUCAUUAGCAAAGACAUUUAUCAAUAAGAUCCAUGAUAUGUCUCAAGUUUUAUCUGUUUAUAUUUAUUGUUUUUAUGAUAAUCAGUACGAACAACGGAAAAUUACUCAUCGAAAAAUAGUUGGUAAGUUUACCGAUGAACAUGGUCUAAUCAAACAAAUUACCCAAGAUGUUGCUUCGUUUUUCAACAAUUAUCUACCAGUCAGCGUAAUUAAUUCGAUUGAUACGAACGAAAAUUCAACACAAGAUAUUGGUCAUGAUCAAGCGAAAUUCAUGUGGUCUCAACUUCUAAUGGAUUUUCUAUUACAUUUACCGCAAACAACAUUUUAA